AUGUCCUUGCGAGCAGCCGAUUCUAAACAGCCAGCUGCGCCGACUGGCCCUCCGCCCAAGACAGACAAGCCCCGCCCGCACGUCUGUACAACAUGUGGUCGCUCAUUUGCUCGUCUGGAACAUCUCAAACGCCAUGAACGGUCCCAUACCAAGGAGAAGCCUUUCGAAUGCCCGGAAUGCACCCGUUGCUUUGCGCGCCGGGAUCUCCUCCUGCGGCACCAGCAGAAGUUACAUAUGACGGCCGCGCCAUCUCGUCCGCGCAACGCGCGCAGAGAGAGCACAGGAGCUGCAGGUGCCCCGACGAACCGCGUCAGGAAGAAUUCCAAUGCGGGAAACGCCUCGAAUAGUAUGCGUCCGAGGGCCAAUACCAUUAGCCAUAUUGAUAACGCCGCUUUGGGAAUGAUCAAUGGUGCCAACGCUAAUGUAACCCGCGCUGUGCAACCAGGACACGUAUAUCAUCCUAGUCUGGGCUCAGUCUCGGGUGCCCCUGGUUUUGAAACUCGUGGAUACAGUGCGGCCCAUCUCCCCUCAAACAGUCUCCCAAAACUGGAAACAUCUGGCCUACCUAUGGACAUCGCAAGCGGAUUGAGGACGGCGCCUGUAUAUGGUAGUUUUGAUCUAGGCUUUGGAGAUAACGUAUUUGGCGGAGGCAGCACUAUCAAUCCAGCCCAGCUUCAUUUUGGCGGCUCCCCCCAGUUUGGCCACGACGCUCCUACAUCUCCCUUCAACCAAGCUUUCCACCCACUUGUGUCAAUUCCCGACCCAAUCCUCGAUGACGAAGGCAAUUUCGACUGGGUAAAUGGCUUUGACACCACGGUGCCCAUUGGCACUAUGAGCGACUCAGCUAUUGAGGAAUCCUCGCCGUCAGCCAUGAGUACCGAGUCGCAAAGUAGAACAAGCGAGCCCAUGAUAGAAGCCCAAGCUCACAUCGCUUCCUCUGGUAGCUGGCAAAGUCCCUUCCCUGCGGCGCAGUCAGCCCCUUACUCAAUGGACUUUUCUUCACCCUCUCUGCACGAGCUAGGGUUCUCUACGGCGGAUACCGUGUCACCCAAGUCUUUGAUGAACCCAGUUCAUUUCACAGACCCUUUUACGUCUAAUCUACCUGUGACUCCAAUGAGCCAGUCGAUGUUGGGAGGGCAUUCGCAGAGUAUGUUUUCAUCUUCCAUGGUAGCCAACGGAGAAUCUCCUAAUCCUUUCAACGUUCCUUUCGCCAGCAGUCCCUUACGAAAUUCCUUAUCUACCACAUCGCCGGACGCAGUCACAGACUCAAACCGACAGACUUUACUAGCCAGCUUGUCACAACCUGCAGGGGUACCGCGCCAGUCAUUCUCUCAACCAUCGAACGGAACAAAAUAUAAUCGCGAUGUAUCUUCUCGCUCAAACGGUCUGAAUAGCACUUAUCUCUUACCGAAUACGUUCGACCUUCAACGAUAUAUCCAGGCUUACAUCACUUAUUUCCACCCUCACCUUCCCUUUCUUCACAUCCCCACUCUCGAUUUUCAAAGUCCCGAAUUUACCAAUAGCCUGCGUACUGCGAGCGGACAUCUCAACCUGAGCUCGACCGGAGUCGCCGGUGGUGGCGGUUGUCUUGUGCUGUCUAUGGCAGCUAUGGGGGCCCUAUAUGAAUUCGACAUGGCCGUAUCCAAGGACUUGUUUGAAUCUGCCAAGAAGAUGAUUCAAUUGUACCUUGAAGAGAGACGGAAGGCGGACAUGUCCGCUGCACUUAGUCGGUCGAACUCUGGGCGUGAUAAUCCCGUUCAUAAUACACCCCUCUGGCUUGUCCAAGCUAUGUUGUUAAAUGUAGUCUAUGGGCAUACUUGUGGAGACAAAACUUCGGCCGACAUCGCCAGUACUCAUUGUGCCGCUCUCGUAAGCCUGGCGCGCGCGGCGGAGCUGACGCAUCACCUUGACCCAGAACGACUUCCGCAAGACUAUCUACGUCAAAGCAAAUCUGAUGAUGCGGAUAGCACUCACUCGGAUCAAAAGACGACUCGAGCACCGCCAAAAGAGCGGAGAGAUUGGCUGGAUUGGAAAAUCGUCGAGGAGCGGAAGCGGACUCUCUACGCCAUCUUUACCCUGUCUAGCUUGCUAGUAUCUGCAUAUAACCAUGCACCUGCUCUAACAAAUUCGGAAAUCCGGCUCGAUCUGCCUUGUGAAGAGGAUCUUUGGGCAGCUGAAUCCCCGCAGGCUUGGAGAAAGAUGGGUGGCACAUCUACUUCGAAGAAGGAAAUGACAUUUUCAUCGGCUUUGACUUCACUCCUCACUGCGAGCCAGCGAGAACAAUUCACAGCACAAUCAAGUAAUGCCUUUGGUUCAACAGAUCGGGCUGAAGACUUGCCUCAAAGUGAUUUAAAGCCUAGUACAUUUGGUUGCCUAGUCCUAAUUCAUGCAAUGCACAAUUACAUCUGGGAGACACGACAGCGACACAUGGGCCGCCAAUGGACUGCUCAGGAAACUGAUGCAAUGCACGCACAUAUUGAACCCGCUUUAAGGUCGUGGCAAGCUGCUUGGGCAAGUAACCCCUUGCAUAGUAUAGAGCGACCGAAUCCAUUCGGAGCAGGACCGUUGUCGGCAGACAGCAUUCCUCUACUGGAUCUGGCAUACGUUAGGUUGUUUGUGAACUUGGGUCGUUCUAAAGAGGCCUUUUGGCAACGAGACUGGAAUGCCAUGUCGGAUGAACUAGCUCGUGGUGCGGAAAUCAUACAGCAUGCUGACGACGGUACAAUGGAUCAACCCAACGGCAUGAAUGGAGAUAUCAUACGCCGAGACUCUGUAGCUGAUCUCGGGGUGGGUGAUCUUCAUCUUUCUACCACGCCAACCCAGGAGCAGCCAAUGUCCACAAUGCCGCAGAUUUAUCGACCUGGCCAGUCAAAGCGGGAGCGACUUUUGCGAAAGGCUGCAUUUUACGCCGCCGAUUCCAUAUGUAUGUCAGACCGGUUGGGUAAUACGUUUGCUGAGUGGUCGUCCCGUGAACUACCUCUCCAAUGCGCUAUGUGCACGUUCGAUUGCGCCCAAGUACUCUCAGAGUGGAUCACAACUGUUCAGGAACGCGUUGGACCUUAUUUGGGUGUCCUAGGUCGUGAUGAGGCAGAUUUAGCCCAGGUUCCAGGGAUUAUGCUUUUGGAGGAUGAGGACUGCAAGCUUAUCGACAAAAUCAAAGAAAUACUUGGCAGUAGCGAAGCCAAAAUGCAGCAUGAGGCCCAUAGUUCUGGGUCCAUAAAUGCGUUGCAACGCUUGCCGAGCGUAGUCGACGGUGGUUAUGGAAGUAAAAUCCUUAUGACAACAGCUUACCUGCUUGACCGAGCUGCUGUUUGGCCCAUUACUAAGCUGAUGGCUCGGUCUUUGGAAACGCAAGCAACCCGUAUGAAGGAACGCGCCGAAAACUCGAUCAUUAUUACGAGCUGA